CAUCUCCGACGGGCGACUCUCUCACUGUCAGUCGAUGUCUCUGUUUCUUCCAAUCUUUGUCUCCUGCGACUCCUUGUCUACCCGUCUUCUUGUUGGACGAAGGACGGAAGGAGCCAACACAGCCAAGGUGGCAAGCAAAGGCGGCAAGACUAGAAUGGCGAAAGGCGACUCUCUUUUUCAGUCUCUCUGUGGUUCUGUCUCUCUCCAACUCUCAAACUAUCAAAGAUUUCCAGCCCUUCAAAGUUGGAAGGGAGAGUUGGACGAGCUACCAGGGAAUGUUCCUAUUCAAGUUCUUAGAUCACUGAAACAGAUCAUCUGGCAUUGGCAGCAGAAUAAAAUUGUCACCGGGAAUGAUCAUUCUGUAGAUUUUGCCUCAUUCAUACGGUUAUUGGGUAGAAAAGAAAUGCCUGGUAUAGCUCAGCUAAUCUUUGUUGAGAUGAAAUCUGAAGGUUUUCAACCUGGCCUUGCUAUCCUAUCAGCUCUGAUGCUGUGCUAUGCAGAGAAUGGCCUUUUCUCCCAUUCCAAGUCUGUAUGGGAAGAAAUAAUAGCUAGCUCAUUUGUUCCUAAUAUUGAGGUAGUUUCAGAGCUAAUGAAUGCAUAUGGGAGGAUGGGACAUUUUAAUGAAGUAACCAGAAUUCUGCAUGAAGUCACUUCAAGGGAUUUUGACUUGUCUCCUGAAGUUUACUCAGUGGCUAUCUCUUGUUUUGGAAAGGGAGGGCAGCUUGAAAUGAUGGAAGCAACCAUGAAGGAGAUGGUUAAAAGUGGUUUCAGUGUGGAUUCUGCUACUGCAAAUGCCUUCGUUAAGUAUUAUGCUGUAUUCGGUUCUCUAACUGAGAUGGAAAUUGCCUAUGGUCGCCUUAAAAGAUCUAGAAUUCUCAUAGAAGAAGAAGCAAUUAGGGCUGUGGCACUUGCCCAUAUAAAGGAAAAGAAAUUUUACAGGUUAGGUGAGUUCUUAAGGGAUGUUGGUCUUGGUAGGAGGAAUGUGGGAAAUCUUCUCUGGAACCUUCUUCUCCUAUCCUAUGCUGGUAAGUUUAAAAUGAAAAGCCUGCAAAGAGAAUUUUUAAAAAUGGUGGAAGCAGGAUUUUCUCCGGAUCUUAAUACAUUUAAUAUUCGGUCUCUGGCUUUCUCCAGGAUGUCAUUAUUUUGGGAUCUACAUGUAAGCCUUGAACAUAUGAAGCAUGAGAAGGUCAUUCCUGAUCUUGUGACAUAUGGAUGUGUGGUAGAUGCAUACCUAGACAGAAACCUUGGAAGGAACAUGGAUUUUGCUUUAAACAAAAUGAAUGUUAGUGAUACGCCAAUUGUUUCUACGGAUCCUUUAGUGUUUGAAGUUUUUGGAAAAGGGUAUUUUCAUUCAAGCUCAGAAGCUUUCAUAGAGUACAAGAAACAGAGGAAUUGGACAUACAGGAAGCUAAUUGCAAUGUAUCUGAAGAAAGAGCAUCGGAGGAACCAAAUCUUUUGGAAUUACUGAAAAACUAAUAGCUUAUCCCAGCAAUUGUAUAUAUUAAUUGUAUUUUCAUUAACUGAAUAAUAAAUUAUUCAA